UUCUCUUCCCUGCAACAAAAAAAACGUGUUUUAGGAUACACACAAUCACACAGCUUCAUUCUCUUCCCUGUAACAAAAAAAACUUCAUUCUCUUCCUUCCUUGUGUUAACCCUAGCCAUGGAGAGAAAGAGCAAAGGCCGCCAAAAGAUCACCAUGACCAAAAUGGAGAACGAGAGCAACCUCCAAGUCACCUUUUCAAAACGGCGAUCUGGUCUCUUCAAGAAAGCCAGCGAGCUUUCAAUCCUGUGUGGUGCUGAGGUGGGAAUCAUUGCAUUCUCUCCUGGAAAAAAGGCCUACUCUUUUGGCCACCCCGCUGUGGAUAUGAUCAUCGAUAGGUUUCUGUCCCGAGACGCUCCUCUGAACAGUGGGACCCACCAGCUGGUGGAGGCCCACAGGAGCGCCUGUGUCCGGGAUCUUAACCUGCAGUUGACUCAUGUCCAGGCCCUUCUGGACGUGGAGAAGCAGCGCCGCACAGCCCUAGAUCAGCUCAAGAUGGCCGAGGGUCAGGGCGAACAUCGCUGGUGGGAGGGUCCGGUUGAGGAGAUGAAUCUGCCACAGCUUCUUCAGUUUAAGGCUGCUAUGAUGGAACUCAGGACUAGGAUUGGAAUCCGCGCUGAUAGGAUUGUGCAUGAACAGCCUGCCAAUCCCUUUGGAUUUGGGGUGGGCCCGACUUCUUUUGGUGGUCGUGCUGGAGGUGCCGGAUUUCAUCCAGGGCCGAGUUCUUUUGGUGGUGGUGGUGGUGGAUUUCUUGACGGGCAGAGUUCUUUUGGUGGUGGUGCUGGUGGCUCGUCAUUUCAGGCGGGCCCGAGUUUUGCUGGAGGUGUUGGUAUUGGUGCUUUACCAUUUGGUGCAGGGCCGGGUUCUUUUGGAGCAGGUGGUGGUGGCAGCGACAACAAUGGCAUUGUUCCAUUUGAUGGUAGGGUUCUACACGCCGGUGGUUCGAAGGCUCCUUAUGAAUUUAACCAUGGCUAUGGUCAUGGUUUUUACUAGAAGCAUAUGGCUGAUUUAUAUUAAUGUUUUUUACAUUGUACACAGUUUUUCUUUUUUCUUUUUUUGUCAAUAUUAUAUGAUUUUUUCCUCCUGAAAGUAAUUAAUUGUUAUCUCAUUUA